AUGUGGAAGACUAACCAACCCAAUACGGCAGAGUCGUUUGGAAUGAACAAGAUCAUUCGUGUUCAUGUUGCCCUCGUCGUCGACCAGUACCUCGACGACAACAAUUUUUCUCAAACGCAUUCCACCUUCCGCAACGAGGCUUCCUCCCUCUUUUCUGAUUCGUUGAUCAAUGAGAGUCCACCCUCACCCAAUGUCGAGAUGAUGAACACAAAGUAUGCAGUGGUUCCUCAAUCAAGGCUUUGUAAUGAAACUCCUCCAGGUCAAAACACAUUGUUGCCAUCAAGUAAUACCAUCAAUAAUCAAGUAAUUUCUCGGCCCCCUUCUCCAAUUCAAUCAUCAUAUGGGAAUUUUGCCCCCAACAAAUCACAGACUCAAGGAUCUAUUGUUACCCAAUGCUCAUAUGUAUCCCAUCCUAAGAUUUCUCCGGUUGCAACAUGUAAUGGGGAGGCUAGUCCCUCUUGUUGCAAUGUAAUUCAAACCAAGAGAGUUAUGGUUAGUCCUACAAAUCAAAUGUCCGAUACAGAGAGUAGUCGUAGCAUUUCUCCUGUUAAUACUGAUUCAGACAUGGCAAGUAAGAGGAAUCGUGUAACGGAUAGGCUGGAUGCCUCUAAUGAGCAUAAAAGCUUGGACAAAUCUGAUAUUGAAUGUUCAGACUGGGAGAAAAUCUUACUCAGUGAUGUGUUAGAUCCUCAUGAAUGCAAUGCUAAGUUUGAACAACUCCUACAGUAG